AUGCGCUCCGUUGUUACAAGCACUGUCGCUGAGAAGAUUGCAGAACGAAUGAAAGUGAGUUGUUUGGAUCGGAUUAAUACAGAUGGAUGCGACUGCGCCUUCACUUCACUACAUUUCGGACCUUUCGAAGGCGGGAGGAGGCACCUUUCAAAAACAUGUAAAAUUCUUCGACAGCGGUUUCUGUUACAAUAA